UGGUUGUCGUCCAGCUCUUCUCCAUCUGUUCCUACUUUUCUCCUUCACAGUCCAAAAGGUGAUCGAGUAAGAAGCAGAGUAGAGCUGGUGUCAGUGCUGGAGGGUAUUCUGGACCUGUCAACCUUUGAUUACAAAUCAGGAAAGUUCUACGAUGGCAAGGCACGACCCAUGAGAAUACGACACAGAGUGAAGAGAAAGAUAAGGGAGCGUUCUUCCUCAGAGUCCAGCUUCAUGGAGAGAGGAGAGGGGGCCGACACCCCUGACUCUUACCACAGGCUCACCCCCAGUCUGGGGCCCAAAAACGCUUUUUCCACCCAGACGGGCUUCUCCACGCACAGCACAAUAAGCACUCCAAAACUCUAUCGCAAUGAGGAUCUACCAGUGGAUGACAGAAUUAAACUUCCUCAGCCCUCAUCAUCCAAACCUCUGCCUCUCCCCUCCAUCAAUGGAGAAAUUGGGACAGAGGAGAGCACUUUGAUCUGUGCCAGAUGUGGUAUUUCUUUCACAGGCACAUGGUACGACAAACAAAGGAAGAGGCCUUGCUGUCCGUCCUGUUGGGCUGCCUCAAAGACAAAGGAGCAUCCGAUGAUCCGUUUCAGAAAGUGGAUUCCUUGUGGCCAGUGUGUGGGAUGUCACAACACCGUGAAUUGUGGGCAAUGUGCCAAUUGCAAACAUGGCCUGCAGAGCCCUGAGUCCCGGAAACGCAUAUGCCGAAAGCGCAAAUGUAUUUGUCCUAUUCGCAAGGGACCUGGAAGUGGAGGCUUCCUGCAGCAGGGGUCGUACACUGACGUUCCUGAAAGCUUUGAUGACACGUGCAUGAGUUUUCAGGUAGGAAAAAUUGCAUGA